GCCCGCCAAAUUCAAAAUACCUCAGCUUAUGUAACCAACGUAGCAGCAAAGCAAAGUUAUAGUAUUUGGUUGCGAUGGAAAUUUGAUGGGAUAUAGUUAUUAAAAUUUUGCAUACGGUAACACAGACUGGCACGGCUUUUAUAUAAAUGGGAUUCGCAUUUGGCAUGUAUCAUUUGCAUUAAAGCAAGCUGCACGCAACGAAAAAGUCAACGUUUUGUCGAUCAGAGAGCACCCCAAUGCCAAAUUCAGACGUCGCGACGUCGCUGCUGGGAGCUGCUUGGAACUUUGGACACGCGUAAAUUCGAAAACCGAAAUGGAUCAAAACACAUUCGACGAAAGGACAUUUGCAGGAAUCCUUAAGACUAUUCUGCUGUUUUUAGAAAAUUACAAUUUCGCGGAGACGUCGCAAUGCUUUGCGAAUGAGAUCAAAACAAGAUGCAAGAAUCAGGAGUUCGAUGAUAUCGUUCCGAGGACUUUGGUCUUGAAGCGACUGUCCGGGGAGCUGGACAAGAUCGUCGUCACCGUCACCGAUAGCAACGAGGAGAAGACACUCAAGGUGCACAGACUUUGUGACGUCUGUUCCAAGGAUAAGAAAGUCUCGAAUGUGGAAGGUUAAUUCUUGCACAUUUUUUUUUCCCGGCU